AUCUAAGUUUAUUUCUUCUGGGCAGAGAGAAACCGUGGCAGCCUUUGCUGGCACCGACAGAAGACAGCCACACAGAGAGCAAUAAACAUAAAGAAAUUAUAUGGAAAGGCAAGCGUUGCAUUGUGGAGGGAACCGGUGGGGAGUUUUAUGCUGUUCAGUAA